GCAUGGCCUGUGGUAUCAGAAUGCGAUUCCAUGUCUGCUUGUUGGCACUGGAUACCUAUCGACGGUGACAUAGCAUAUGCGGGCGGGGUGUGCGGUCCGACGAUAUCUUCUUGAACAGCCUCCGUCUCGUCACAAAGUGUCGGCGUGGCCGCAGUGGGCGCCAAAAGAUACUGUAUGGAGGUUCGAGAAGGCAUUGCUAUCGGAUGGUUUGCUGAGUAUGUUGUUCGAUGCUGGACUUUGCUGGAGCAGGAUGUGAAGUACGUGACUGAGGAGAUCCGCACUACUUAUGUCGAUGAUUCAAACUGCGCACCUGUUGCUCUUCGCCAAAUUAGGCAUGCCAAACUUGCGCAGGUGGUGCCGAGUACAGGUCGUCAAUGGUCGUCACGGCCGUGGAGAUGGCUGUUGAUUUUCGUGCCAGCUUGCACGAGUCCGCGUGUCGGACAAGGAUUCGGGUCGGCGAAGCGGAAGCGCCGUAGGCGAUGGGCGGGGGAUGAUACCUGGCCAAUGGCUAGAAUAUUGUGAAGCUCUGCCAACACGAAGAUGAGUGUAAG